UUUUGAGACAGGGUUUCUUUGUGUGCCUUGGCUGUUCUGGAACUAGCUACAUAGCCAGUAGAAGGUAGUUUGGGCUACAUAGUGUGAUCUGGUCUCAAAAAAAGUUAAGAGAGAGACAGACAGACAGACAGUAGACCACCACUUAUGUUCAGGUUCCCUGCACCCCCAAGAGCAGCAGCUCGGGUCAACUACGCUCCUCUUACGCCCAGGUGAGGGUCCUCCGGUUCCUCCCUUGUUUAGAGGAGCAUCCUCCAUGGUAAUGGGUGCACUGGGGGCCACGGCCCCUCCCUGAGGUCAGGGGUUGGAGAGCAGGCCCUGCUCCUUAGGCAGGGUCACAGUUUCACCCUAUCGUUGCCGUUCUACUCUCCCUACCCCACCCCUCGCGGCGCCUCUCCUUUGGAGCCAUGGUUCCUGUCCCGGGAUCCCCCGGGCCUGCCUCUGACGGCCGGGACUCAGCUUCGGAGAGUCGGGAGGAAUCAAGUGGCCCGCAGCUCUCGUCCUCUGCGUCCUUCUCGCGGUGGCUGACCGCGAGCUCCGAAGCCGGUGGCUGGCCGCUGCGCUUGGCGGGGUGGGGCGGGAUGGCGGCGUCCGCGUGGCUGGAGGCCGGCCUGGCCCGGGUGCUCUUCUACCCGACGCUGCUCUACACAGUGUUCCGGGGGAGGGUGGGCGGCCCGGCGCACCGCGAUUGGUACCACCGCAUCGACCACACAGUGCUGCUGGGCGCGCUGCCGCUGAGGAGCAUGACGCGCCGGCUGGUACUGGACGAGAACGUGCGCGGAGUGAUCACUAUGAACGAGGAGUACGAGACCAGAUUCCUGUGCAACACCUCGAAGGAAUGGAAGAAUAUGGGAGUUGAGCAGCUACGGCUCAGCACAGUCGACAUGACUGGAGUCCCCACCUUGGCCAACCUCCACAGAGGAGUCCAGUUUGCUCUCAAAUACCAGUCCCUGGGCCAGUGUGUCUACGUGCAUUGUAAGGCUGGUCGAUCCAGAAGUGCCACAAUGGUGGCAGCCUAUCUGAUUCAGGUACACAACUGGAGCCCAGAGGAGGCUAUAGAAGCUAUCGCCAAAAUCCGGUCACACAUCUCCAUCAGGCCCAGCCAGUUGGAAAUUCUCAAAGAGUUCCACAAGGAGAUUGCUGCAAGGGCAGCAAAGAACUAACUACUGGUCUCUUGUGCUGACAUGAGUAUGAAGUCUGUGGAUGACAAAGAACUUGGCUCUCCGAGAUACAGUAACAUGUUAAAGGACAAAGCGCUUAAGCCACCACCACUGCAAAUGUGCUGAGUAUAAUGUCCCUCCUUUGCCUUCCUUCCUGAAAUAACACUUGGAUGGCCACAGAGAACAAGAUUGUCUGGCGAAAUCUUAUUUUCUUUGACAGAGAUAAGGAAUACUAACUUUAACAGAAAUCUAUUGUGUUUCUGGUAUAUGUGAUGUAAAGCAAAGCAUUUAAUGCUAGAAAAGGGAAGAAGAGCAUAGAUCUGUUCUUUGUUACUGUCAGAUCCAAAUUUUAAUUGUAUGACUUGGCAAAAUGCUUGCCCAGCAUGUAUAAGGUCUCGAAUUUGGUCCCUAGCAGUUCCAAAAAUAAAAAUAAAAAUAAUCUUACUUCCCUGGU